UGUUUACUUUUAGCGAGUUUCACCUUCUGAAAACCCUUCUUUUGUGGGUCUACUUGCAACUAAACAACAAAACUCAGACAAUUCCGAUGUACGAAACCGUGCUCUCAUUUUUUAGCAGCUUCCCCAGGGAGUGUUCCUUUCUGGACCGGGAUGUGGGACAGAACUGGAUGCCGCUCUUCCUCUGCCUGCGUCUGCACGGCAUCACCAAAGGCAAGGAUCUGGAGGAGCUAAGGCACAUUAACUUCUUCCCUGAAUCCUUGCUGGUCCGGGUUAUAGCCAACCAUUACCACGCGCUGGAGAACGGGGGCGACAUGGCCCACGUGAAAGAUCUUACCACCCAGGGGGUGAGAUUCGGGCUGCUCUUUAACCAGGAGUAUACUACACAUUCAAAAGUGAUUGCCAUAUAUGGAUUCUUCUUUGAGAUAAAGGGAGUCAAACAUGAUACUACUUCAUAUAGUUUUCAUAUGCAGAGAAUAAGGCACACCGACUUGGAAUUCGCCUCCUCCGUCUAUGAGCACAGCACCAUCAGCCUGAGAGCAGAGCGCUUGGUGACGUACGAGAUCAGAGCCCGGACCCUGGUGGACGGCAAGUGGCAAGAGUUCACGACGAACCAGAUCAAGCAAAAGUUUGGGUUGCUCAAGUCGUCCUGCAAAAGCCACGCCUUGAAAAUCCAAACCGUGGGCAUCCCAAUCUAUGCAAGUUUUUCAUUCGUCUUCUCAUUAUCUUAACAGUUUUCAGAAGAAUCUAUGGGAUUUUUUUUCUUCCACUGGUCCAUGUAAAAGGAAAUAAAACGACAUGAAAGGGACUGCUCAAGUA